AUGGCGCCAAAUCACAUACGCCCUGCUCAAGUGGCAGCCCUCGACAUAACACCACCGCCGCCGCCGCUUCCUGAGAAGCCACGCGUCUGCCCUCCCGGCGCCGUCAAAUCGAUUUGUACCUUGUCAAACUCAUCCAUUCCAACUCUCUCAUCAACAUCUACAAUACGUCUUGCUAGGCAGCCUUCCACCUCCUCAUCCAGCAUCCCAGCCUUUCAACAAUCGCCCUUCUCUUCGGCUCGCAAACCUGUCCGGUCCGCCAUUUUCCCCUCUUCUUCGCGUUCGGCACUUCCUCUUCCCGCGCUAGAUCCAAACCAAGAUCAUCACCGAAGCGACUCGGGCAGAUCUACCGGUUCCUCGCGCUCCACUGCCACCACCGACAGCUUCUUUGUGCCUCAGCAUCCCCACGAACUUCAUCGGCGCCUCAAGGAUCUUCCAGCUCCUCCUUCCUCCUCCUCGCUAGCCGAUCUCUCCAAGCAAGUCGAGCCGUCAGAUGCCCCCACAUCAGCGCUUGGCUUGAAUGUGACCAUCGAACCUACUGCUGGAUCUGCUGCUUUACCUCCUCACAACUUCUUUCGCAGCAAGAGCUCCGUCAGCACCACACCAACUAGUCCUGAGGAAGCUGAUCGUUCACCCUUAGCACCGCCAGAGUUGGCGGAUUUUGAUUUAGUUGACAAUGACGAGCCUCGAGCUAAGGCCAAGUCGGUCGCAGGCCCUCGCGACGGCCUGGACGACUUCUGGAAGUCAGACUAUUCGUACGCUCGACCUUCAGCAGAUCUGUACGAGCUCUCCUUGCCUCCCCUGAUGCGUUCCAACGCCCCAAUUCCACCAUCACGGUCCCAGUCGCUUGACCCUUUCUCUGCACCGAUCAGUCCUAGCGAUGUUGGCAACAGGAUCGCAGAUUCGUCCCUUUCCCGACACAAUCUUACGCUGGAGGAACAAGUGCCGCUGCCUGGCUCUUCCACGCCCCUCGUUGCCGCCAACCUUCGCAAGCUGGAUUCUCAGCAUCUUGUCAUCGACGCCAGUCCUUUGACCGCCUCCCAGGAAUCCAAUGUCAGCUCGAACCCUGCUGUCUCACCGGUCAGUCCAGCUCAGACUCUGACAACGCGCGGCCAUGGCGUCAAUCGACUUGCAGUUCCCUCCGCCUUUCCCUAUCCUCAACCGACCGCAUCAGCCAGCUCUUCCACUUCCGCCAUCGAUCAGAAGUCGCAGCCAAACAAGUCCACAUCCAGCCUCUCCACUUCCUCGACUCAUGAAGCCGACAAAGCGGCACUGACAACAGCAUCGAAGCGCUCAUCUGCAUCCUCCAGCAGCUACUUCCGUAUGACACUGUCCAGACAGGCAAAGACGUUGCGCAAUUCCUUCAUGUGGACUCCUUCAUCCGCCGCCCAGCCACUCGCCAUGAGCCAGGACCGCAUCACUUCUCAUCUUUCACUGACUAGUCCUGGAGGCUCUUCUACUCCCCUUUCCCACAGCUCAAGUCCACGCUUGGGAGUCACCAGCCCAAGUCUUGCGACCCAGGACUUGCCUCCAGCGCCGAAGCCCCCACAGAUCGAGAAGCAGAGCAUCGCCUCAGCAAGUACCGAAGCAAGUCGUGGUCAUGCCACCAAGCGAAGCACUGCAAGCACCUCGCUGUCAGAGAAUGUUGGAACCGCCACUUCUCAGAAAGUCAAAGCUGGGUCGCCUUGCGCGACGCACAGUUCUGCGAACGCCAACGUCUCAUCCAUGUCAAGGUUCAGUGCCUCCUCCAGCUCGAAGCAGCCGCCAACAGAUUAUGGCAAGACUGAGGAUCGUCCACGAUCCCGGCUUUCUUCUCGCUUCGGACUCCACAACAGCCAUUGGUCCAUGAAGAUCUCGAGCCUCAAGCCAAAGAAGGCGAACGAUGCCAUGCUGGACAAAGCUGCAACGCCUAGCCUGACAACUGCGCCCCUGCCCCGAGCUUCGACCCGGCGGUCAAAGAGCAAUGCGGCUAUCUCAACGGCAAGCACAGUGGCCUCGACAGCUAUCAACACCGCAGGUACACGUGGCGAGACGAGCUACACGCCUACUGUCAGAACUGUCAAGCGGCCAGGGUCUUUGGUCAUCCCACCCAGCUCAGUGCUAACAAGUGGCCAGAAGAGCGCCGAUUCCCAGCUCUCGCCGUCCUUUGCCGAGACAUUUGCUUUCCUCAACGGUCAGAUCGAUUCUGCAGAGCCUUCGCUGCCUCUGAUGACUGUCUCUAUCCCACCGAGCAAAGGUGGCAGGGUUGCUUUGAGCACUCCACCAUUGAGCGGUGUCGAGUCCAAGCCUUCCUCUGCCGCGUUGCCAGCGCGACGCCGCUCCGAUGCGAACCUGCAGACCUCAUCAGCAGCCUCUGCGGCCUCAAGCAGCCUCAAUAAAGCUGGCGCGAACGGAGGGGGACUCCAACUUGAGGUCGUCCCGAAAGCAGAUGCAGAGAAGCCGGAGACACCGAAAGAGACUCUGUUUGAUCAUCUCGCAGACUCGCCCGAGGCCGUCUACAAAUCGCUUACCUUUCCGAAUCCGACGCCGACAUCGUUGCCAGCUUCACAGUCGCUGGACAGUGUUACACCGAAGCCAACAGGGAAGGGCGGAAAAGCCUUUGGCCACAAGAAGCAAAUAUCACUUGGCUCGACAACUCUCAUCUCGAAGUCUGAUUCUCGUAAGGCGGCCGAUGACCUGGAAAAACGUGUUAGCGAUGCGCCUCUGGCUAACACCAGCCUGCCAUUAGCCAAUGGACGCAUCAGCACGAGAUCCAGCUUCUCGAACCUUCUCCCGGCGUUUACUCCUGUCAACGAGGAGAGCUGCUUCUUUGAUGCUCUGACAUCUCCGCUGGACGAGCAGCCACCCACCUCAAACUCGAGUCUGUCCCCGGAUGACUCGGUGCUUCCGACGUUCGCCACCGCUGCGGACUUUUUCUCUCGCGCAAGUACCAGGCCUUCCAGCCCAUCAAUGGUUCGCCCUGUCGCUUCGAAGAGCACCACUCCAGUCACAGGGGUCAUGCCAAGUACCUCAAACUGUCGGACAUCUCUCAGUCGCCGUCUGUCUAUCGCCUUGGAGUCACGCUCUGUGAGGAAUGAAGUCGUACCAUCUGCGCAGACUCCUCGAGCAAAGACGGGUCGUGUCGAUGUACUGCCUGCCAGACCAGAGACCAGCCUUGGCUUCCAUCUUCGUAAUCCUCUCCGCAGAGACCGCAAGACUUCUGUCACCAAACUGGCUGACGUAACGCAGAAAUCGACAGUAUCUGAUCGCAAUGAAAAUGCCGACGCCAAAACAACUGCUUCUGCUUUCCGUAAGAUCUCUUCGAAGCUCGAUAGAACACCGCCUGCGACCAAGGAAUCAGCACGACCUGGAACGUCGCUUGGUUUCUCGACCUCGACGACCGGGCGCACAAAGGCCGGACGAGGCUUCAGCAGCAGUGUCCUGGCCCCAACCAAGAGCUCUCUGGCUCGAAGUGCGCAAGCGUCUCCGCCUUCCACCGGCCGACCCGCUGUGCGAUCGGUUUCCGUCUCGUCUCUAGCGACACCCUCGUCGGUCCGUGCAUCGAGCUCAAGUCAGCGCUCGCCUCAGCGUCCUGCCAAUCCCCCCUCUUCCUUCCGCGGAAGUGGUGUGCCCGGGCUUCAAAAUGGGUCUCCGAUGAAAGCGUCUCUGAGCAGACCCAUGCUCACGCGCGAUAAGAUGGGCUCUGCAAACCCGAGUGGUCCUCAACUUUCACCCUUCACUUCAGGCUCACGGGCCCAAGAGCAAGGAUCGCAGUCGUUGACAGCGCUGCCACAGCCUGAUAGAGCCUCCGAUCUCUCAACUUCGCCUGAGGAAACCGAUGUGCGCCGUCGGCGUACACUCAGCAAGCCCAUACUGCGUCCCAUCCGUACACCGUUCGCAGAAGAUAAGCAGUUCACCCAGCCAUCAACGGCGAUGGGCUUCCGCAGAGCGAUGACCGGCCAAGACCGCAAGAUGAGCCAACCCACGCUCGAUAUGGUCGAUGAUCGCGAGUUCCUUGAGGCGCUGGAACAGGUGCGUCAACUACACCGCGAGCGCAUUCAAGCUCAAGCUCAAGUGGUCGAGAACAAGACGCGCCUUGCUCGACUCGGUAUGAUGUCAGGCAACUACCUCAAGACCAAGGCUGGAUCCAUGCUUGACGAUGAUGAGCCUGUCGACGAGAGGAAUGAUGCGAACGAUGGUCAUGCCGUAGUCCCACGAGGUCGAAAUGCAGGCGUGGCCUCGUUGAAUGAAUCUCAGUCUGGAAUACCUCAGGGCUUGUGCUUGCGACAUAAGCGCUCUGCCAGUGCUGAUGCGAAGCUGGGCCGCUCUUGGUCGGCUUCAUCCACCUCCAAGAGCCCCGACAAGGAUGUCGAUCAACGACAGAAAGACAUUGUCAAGGCAUACGCUGACAAGGUCCAGCCUGUUGGCCCUCCAACAACCGGCCUGGAAUGGGGUGUCGGCAAAGCCAGUGGCAAGCUGCACGAUGGCACGUUCGUCAACGACGACGACUGGAAGAAAGAGGUCAAGGCGCUCUUCCUUAUCCGAGAGCUUGUGCAGACGGAAAGAAGCUAUGCUCGACACCUUGGUAGCCUGCUCAGCGUGGUACGCAAGAUGCAGACAGGUCCGACCGGCGGUGCUACUUGUCUGACCAGCAAGCGCAAAUCGACCAGCAAUCUCUUUGCAACCUACUCGGCAGCCUACAGUGGCAAAGGGUUGUCGAAUGCUGCACCGCCCAGUCAUGUUGCUCUGCUCAAGACGUAUCUACCUCAGCUCAUUGCCCUCAGCAACGCGCUUGUCCAACGCUUCGAGGAGAACCCGACGAGUGCUGGUGUUGGUGCUGCUUUCGAUGCCUUGUCAGCUCAGUUGGAGUCCACCUUUGUCGGCUGGUCCGCCGCCGCAUCUCAAGCCCUGACAGACUUGCGUUCGACCGAGCUCGCGAAAGGCAAGUCGCCGUACAAGAUCGGCUUGGUACCACUGAUGCCUCACGAAUCGACUGAAGUGGGCGCUUCUUCGACGACAGAUGCUUCGAGCAGCCGUGGUCGUUCGUCUCCGGGCUCUGUCUUCCGCAACUCCACGCUGCGCAUGACUUCGCUGACACGGCCAACUUCGCCUGUUGCUGCACGCCACGAUGCGGAUGCACUGUCGCCGAGCGAGGCUGCUGCUAGUGCUACGCUGCCAGCGAGGAGAUCGACCAAGCGUCGUAGCACUAUCACAAGCACAUGUUUCAUUCCUAGUACCAGCUAUCUUGCGCCGCGAGUGGCCGUCACUCCGGGUCCCGUCCUGAGCACGAGUCCCGAGGAGGAGAAAGGGUUGAACGCAGCAGCAAGCCCGGAUGAUGCGAGAGCUAGUGCUACAUCUUCGCGCCGUUUUGCCCACUCAAGAAGCCAAUCGACGCUGAUCACUCCCCUACCCACGUCUACUUCUUCACAUUCUGCCGAGCCAUGGUUGGCGCUCACCAUGACCUCGCCAGCUUCUCAGGCGCCCCAGGCAGUUGUCAAGACGAGCAAGAGUCUCACACCGAUGGACAUCGCUAUCAUGCCCACGCAGCGCAUUCCGAGGUACGGGCUGAUGCUGCGUGAUUUACUCCGCAACACUCCGCCUGAGUCUCUCUCGCAUGCUCGUGUCCAGCGGGCAACAGCGCUGAUUCAGAAGGUGGCUCUGUUGUGCGAUUCGGCUGCGUUUGUGUCGGCUGCCCCGGGAUCGGGCGCUGCUACACCUUCGCGUGCGGGUAGCGUACUCGGCAUGACAAGCGACGAGUCGAACAGUGUUCAUGCUUCGCCGUUGCUGACUAGUUCCGGGUUCACGUCUGUCAAGCGUAAUUAA